CGUAAGGUGAAUGAUAAUUUCGCUCCCCGGCUGGAAAACUAGAUUUGCAAGGAGGAGCUGUUCUAGUGUUAUGGAUGCUUAAAUACGAGACGAUACCUUCGAACUCCUCUUCCUUUUUUCUUUUCUACCACUAGCUCCCGUUUCCUGCUUCCUCUGGUGUGCCCCCUCACGUUCUGUCGUUACAAAUUAAUCAUGAAUACACGAAAUCUCUUCCUUCUCGCCCUUGCCGGGUUCACCAGUGGGGUCCUCUCCGAAAACAUAGUGAUAGAUGACUUCAAGAAACAGGGCACCAACAAUUUAAAUGUCUACCACGGCUGUGACGAGGGCGGUGGGAUCUCAUGUUCGUGGGGCGGCGAUGGCCUAACUAUCAGAUCCUCAGAUGUCGACUACUCCUACUACAGUCAAUUCACCAGCCAACGCGGCGAUGGCGGUUGCCAGGAUAUCUCAUCCUGGGAGCGUCGGUUCGUACACAUCAAGUUCUCAGGAAGCCCAGAUUUCUCCGUCGCCUUGCAGCAGAACAACGGCCAGUGCAGCACGACCCAAGCGCCCUACCCUGAGACCUGGGACAUCGUGUACGCUGCGGACUACUCCGAUGGGUCGGACAUCUACAUCCCCAUUUCUCACUUUAGCAUUGACAGGAGCCGAGCAAUUGGGUUUGCGUUUAAGGCCUUUAGAAAUGCUGGUGCCGAGACCAAGUUCUCGCUCCUUGAGAUUGUGGAUGCGCUCCCCGGAGGCCGAAGUGUACCGGAGAAGAAGCCUACUGGACCACUGUACUUUGCUUGUACCAGGCCGAAUAGUAUUGCUUUCGGUAUCGACGAUGGGGUUCCGGAGUUUGCACAGCAAGUGAUGGAUAUUAUUGAGCAGGAGAAUAUCAAGGUUACCUUCUUCACCGUUGGUCAGGCUUUGGACGAUUCUUCACAAAACUUCAAGCAAGUUUACCAGGAUGCUAUUAAAAAGGGUCAUCAAGUCGCUCUGCACUCCUACACCCACCCCAAAAUCGAAGGCCUUCUGGACCUCAGUGUAAUCGACAAUGAGUUCAGACUAAGCAGAGAAUCCACUCUCCGCAACCUCGGUGUCGAUUCAAAGUACUUCCGUGCCCCUUACGGUACCGACGGAGCCCUCACCCGCCAGCGCUUGCAAGCCAAUGUCCCAGGAGCAAAGGUCAUCAACUGGUCCGUCGAUAUCGAAGAUUGGCGCUGGGGCCAGUCCCCCUCACCGGAGAACUUGAAGCAGACCGAGGCCGUUACCCGGGACCUCGGGAAGGGUGGUAACCUAUUCGUUGCGCACUACCUGUACCCCUCCACUGUGGAGCAGUUCAGGACGUUUAUUCAACUGGCUAAGAAGACUGGGAAGACUAUCAUGAGGAUUGAUCAAUGUCUCGAAGAUCCCGAAGCUCCACCGCUAUAAAUAGCAAAGGAAGGGAAAAGGGGAUGAAAAAGGUUAAAAAAAAAAAAGCUGUAGUUUAAGGUAGUCAGUGAAAAUGGCCGGUUUUGCGUUGGUUGGGUAAGGAAUCAUGUACUCGAGUGGGCACACGUAUGGGAGGAUUUAAUGUUAAUACAUCGGUAAUGGCUUUUCCAUUAUCUUUACUUAUC